ACAUCAUAAGAUGACUAUAGAGCACAUAGUGGCCUAUAUUGUGGUCAAACAGUGAUUCGGUCCUAAAGGAGCCCUUGCACGUUUUGUGGUCUACGCCGUAUUUACCGAAACAGAUUUUGCUGACAAGGAGGUUAGAUUAGUGUUGUUCCAUAAAGGAAAGGAGGUCAUAAAGGCAUGCGCAGGAACACAACCUCACAAACUUUUAUGUGGGUCGGUCAUUGCACUCGGCCUGCAUGUUCAGCAAUGUUCGUAUUUUGUUGUGCCACGAUGUAUUGGUUUCCCCUUGUUUUACUUUAUGUUUUACUUGUAUGUAAGUAGGCUAAAUGUAAAAUACCUCUGUGACACGCUACCUCUAUGGCUAGGCUACAGCACAGCCUACAAAACUGCCUAUGUCAACCCACAGAUCUUUUCUGAGCUUGGCGACAAUGUCUCCAUCUCGUGCCGGUACUCGGUCAAAAACCAGUGCCUAAUGAAUUGUUGGGCGAGAGUCACAAUGAACGGUUCUCUGGAAACCGUUCACACAGAAAGCGAGAAACGCAGUCGUUUUUCUCAAAGUCAUUCUCAGGACCCAGCCAUAGUUGAAUUGAAUAUAUUUCAGACUGAAAUGGUUGAUGCCGGCCGUUACUACUGUGGAAUGUGGCACGCCGGCUAUUUCCAAUUUGUUGGCGAGGGAACAUCGCUGCUUGUAGAGGAGAAGGUCUGGACCAACAGAAGCCAGGUUAUUUUGCUGAGUGAUAGCGCUGUACUGGAGCAUCCGUUGCGCAGAAGCGAGCCUUUGACGCAGGUGGAGCUGCGCUGCCUGGUCACUGGUGUCAGCUCUCCAGAGAUCAAUAUUGUCUGGCGAUCCUCUGGCGGAGCAGAGGUGACUGGGCGUAGGGCUGCGUGGGAGUCCACAGGCUCGAAAGAAGUGUUCAGUGUGACAAGCAAGCUAAGGAUCAAUAUCACCACCAGCAAAAACACCAACUACAUUGCACCAGACGUCUUAGAGGAAUGGUGGUGUGAGGUGCAGGUGGGACUCCAUGUCGUAGAGAGGAGCCACAUCACCUCACUAGACCUGCUGAGCGAUCACCUGACGGCAGGUCCUGUGGAGUGGUGCCAACUGGUCAUUUACUCAGCUGGGGCUCUUAGCGUAGUGUGUGUGUGCGCCGUCAGUUUACUCAUCAGCUACUGGGUGCUUCACCUGCGCAAAAGUGCAGAUUCUUCUUCAGACAUCAACAGCACAGCUACAGCACAAUUUUGCUGCAGCAUGUGCCAGUCUGUGUCAUGUCAGGCUGAUGCUCAGCAAGCUUUGACAUAUUUCCACCUGGACUUCACCCAGAUGAGGAGAGCAGAGGGAACACCAGGAAGAAACCAGCAGAAAUGGCAGCACAAAGAAAUGACCACAGUGACAUACAGCUGUGUCCAGAGUGUUAAGACUUCAGCCGCUUCAACUACCAGACGUGCUACUUCACCAAAUAUACAGGCCAAGUCCUCAGAUGUGACAUAUGCCUACAUUGAUAAUGAGCAAACAUUAAGAAACGCAAGGCGACUGAGUGACCAACCAACUCGCAUACGUGAGGCAGAGACAACUUAUCAUACAAUUAAACGUCCUUAAAGCAGGUGUGCUUCCAAAUGCAACACUGUUGGAAUCAGCAUGCAACAGGAAAUAUUAAAAAGAAAACUAAAGUUUUGGAGUGUGACCUUUUUUGAUCUUUAAAUGAUGAAUAACACAUUUAGGAGGAGCACACACUGGUGUGUAACAGUGUAACUGUUGGAGAAUAUUAAUAUUAACUCUAAUAUUAACAAAGUUUUGCUGGAAUUACAGUAUGAAUGAAUCUUUGAAUGACAGAGAUGUCAGUAAACCAACAUAUUGUUCACCUUGCAUGUAUAUAUUUAUUUUUUUCUAAGCAUCUUGGUUAAAUUUGUGUAUGUCAAAUAUAUAAAAAUAUAAAAUUAUUGCUUCUUAUUUUGCCAUAUUAAAGUUGA